CACGCACCAACAAAGUAGUUUGCAUCAACACUUUCGAGUUCCGUCGAUAGGAAAUGAUUUAGUUAUAAAGCGGUGGAAGGUUCAACAGGUGGGGAGGCGGCUAUGCUAACACACAAGCACUCAGACAAACUUUGGAAAGGUUUCAAACACUCACCUACACUUUUGCUCAGCUCCGGUGAGUCUGCGGGGAUAUGACAAGUCCGGCUGAGAGCCCGUCCGCCGCUGGUAACGAGCGGAAACCGUUAGAAAGUGUCGGGGAAAAUCACAAGAACCAGAAGAGUAGCCGCCGCUCGGAGCAGCAAAACAACAUGGCAGCGGAGCGCCGUGGUGCGUUCACGGACCCAAGCGAGUCGGAGGGGUGAGAGCAACUCACGGAAGCCCGCUGAUGCGUUCACGGACACGGAACAGAGGAUAGAAGUAGAACUGUGAGACCGGUGAUGAGUAGAUCAGGAUUUGAGGCAAAGCUGGAGUAACGUUUUAGUUGUUUAGUAGUGAUAGUUUUAGCUGCCGGUGGAAUCGAUGUGAGCUUGUGAGAAGUAAAUGGGAGAGGAAAGGUCAGGAGGUCAUGCUUCCAUGUGAGAUGUCGUAGCGGCUUCAGGUCUUCUCCUCUCCCAUGAUGACCUGCUCCCUCCCACCUUUCUACCCCACUAGUCGCCUGCGCGCGUGCAGCCACAGACCACAACACGUUACAAAUAAACGUGACGUCAUCCCUCUCCUGGAGUCAAACUCUUGCUCACGCACUCAGGAGGGGGCCACACAGGGGAGGUCAGGCGCACAAUCUGGGCUCUGGAAUCAUCUGGGUGGUGGAUUAAAGACGGAGGUGGUAUCGCGCUUCCAAUCUGGCCCGCGCUUUAACCUCAUGUCAUCGACGUAAAUAUUUGUGCAGAAAAAGACUCCUCCCACACCCACGCGAGGAACGACAAGGGGCGGAGUCACUGGAGGCGGAUCACUGGUUCGGGGUCGGUCCGGACUCCGGCGGAGUUGCGGUUGCUUCGCUGGAUGAAGGUCUUGGCGUUGCAGAAACUUGGCUCCUCGUCAUCGAAUCAGCGCACAGAGAACGAGUGCGAUUGAAGAACUGGCGCAGGGUCCAGCUGGGUCCGGGGUAGCUCAGUCGUCCUGAGGAGGCAGGUCGUGGUUGUGGACUGAGAAGGACCCAUGGAUCCAGAACCCACGGUUCGGAGUGGACCGGUCAGCUGAUUCUGUUUACUACAGCUGUGCCAUGAGCUUAUGACAUCAUCACUCCAGCUGGUGCACGUGAGUGUGAUUGCCACGCCAUGAUGUCACAUUACAUCACAUCUGGGAGUGGGGUGGGGCGCGGGGGAUUAGAAUGUGAUGUUGCAGCAGUUUGUCCACCAAAUGUAUUUAUCUCUGGAUAUAAUGUUAGUUACAGCAGUCCACGCUCACUCCUCACCCUUUCCCUCCAUCCACUCUCUCUCUUCAACACUUGUCCUCCUCUCUUCCUCCCUCCUAUCGUAUCUCCACUUUCUCUCUUCUCUGAUCAACAGUGACAAAGGUGCACGCUCAGCAGCUCCUGUGACCAAGAUGUCUGCUGCUAUGUGGGGCGGAAUCGAACCGCAGCAUUGCUCUCUUUGUUGCUGCACCGUGGCCAACAAGAUAGUGACGCUCGUGUUCAUGGUUCUGCUCAUCGUUGCCAUCCUGCUGGGGAACCUGCUGACCUUAGCAGUCAUCUUCUGCACCAAGCACUUCCACACCCCGCAAGGCUACCUGAAAGCCUCACUGGCGGUGGCCGACCUGGCGGUGGGCUUGUUUGUGGUGCCGCUGUCUGUUUACGCUGAAGUCUCCCUCAUGGUGAGCGACUCUGUGCCUCAGUGGACCUCCUUCAACUCCCAGAUGGUGAAGCUCCACCCUUGCAACGUGAUCGGACCCAUCUUUGCUGGCUGCACACUGGUGUCCAUCACCACCAUCUUCCUGCUGACCCUGGAGCGCUGCAUGGCCGUGCUCCUGCCCCUGCACCGGGACGCCCUCAUCACCCGCAAGAGGACCACCGUCCUUAUCAUGCUGUCAUGGGUUGGGAGCUUCUGCCUGGCGGUGGCACCGAUGGUCUUCAGCACAGAGAUUGCGCUGGAGUAUAAUGCCUGCAGCCGCAUGUGCAACUACGCACUGGGCACCAUCGGCCAGUUCCCCUCUCAGGCCUGGAACAUCCUGCUGUUGUUCCCCACCUUUGACUUCACUCUGCUGGCUGGCACCGUGGUCAUCAACAUCAUCUCGCUGUCCAGCAUCCGCCGCCACUCCAGACGUCGAAGGCACUUGGCAGAGGCCAAAGGUCACAGCAUCAACAAGCCCACCUUCUCUGACAUCAAGGCAGCGAAGACCAUCGGGACUCUGACGGUGGCCUUCACGAUGUCCUUCACACCCAUCGCCAUCUUUGUCAUCGGAAACGUCCUGGGGAACCAGUGGUGUAACUUCUCCUUCGUGGCCUUCUGGAUUCUGGCAUCCAACAGCUGCUGGAACGUCAUCAUCUACAGCGUGAGGGACCCAAAGUUCUGGCUUCGUGCCACCAAACUCCUGCAGCCCAUCCAGCGACAGGACUCAACCAAAACCUGAACUCUGUCUCGGACCCUUCAAGGUGUCGAGCUACUGACUCACAAAUCCACAUGCACAUUGAUUAAAUCACGAAUCUGUUAAGAAGAAUAAAAACAACCU